AUGCCUGAAGAAAUUAUAAAUUUAAAUGCUAUAGCAAUCUCUCGUCAACCACUUAAUGCUUCUCUUGCUCCGGCUGAGGUAACUUUCAAUCAAGUACAUUCUAUUUUGUAUGGAAAUCCAUCAUCAAGCUUAAUUUAUCAAUAUGGACGAAAGUAUUUCAACAAGACAUUUGAUCGAUCAUAUCCACAUACUCAGCUUACAACAAAUAUUUUUAAGUUAAUCAUAGAAAAACUAGAUCCAACUUUAAAACCCCAAUUUAUUGUUGAAGUUGGCUCAUUCACAGGAAAUUCUGCUACAAUUAUGGGUAAUGUCUUGAAGAAUGCAUAUCCACGAGCCUUUCUUCUAUGCAUUGAUACUUGGCUUGGAGAUUUAAAUAUGUGGGUAAAUAAAGUUGUUUGGAAACAUUUGUCAGUUACUGAAGAUGGUCGACCUACUGUCUACUAUCAGUUUCUUGCUAAUAUUAUUCAACAAAAUCUUACGAAUGUAAUUUUACCUGUUUCAAUGUCAUCAAUAAUUGGUGCACGUUUUCUUCAAACAUAUCAAUUUCGUCCACAACUUAUUUAUCUUGAUUCAGCACAUGAACAAGGUGAAACAUUAAUUGAAUUAGCUUUAUAUUGGAAUAUAUUACGAUCUGGUGGUAUUCUUUUUGGAGACGAUUUUUCAUGGUUAUCAGUACGUUGUGAUCUGAAAAAAUUCGCAUAUAUGCGUCGUCUAACAAUCGAACAUCUUAAUGGUACAUGGCUUUUGAAAAAGUCAUUAUAA